CGUCACUCAAACAGUUGCCUGGUGAUGCGCUUGCAGCUUGUCAAGCGCACGAUCCAGUUACUGUAGCUGCCUGCUGCAAUGAAAACACCGUCGUCGGUGGGUGGAUAUACGCGGGCCCACUUCCAUCAUUUUCCCACAAACACUGACUGAGUGAGGACUCGUCACUGAGGAUCGGCAUGUGGCGGAUAUUAUGGCUCCCGGCAGAUUUGUUGGAAUCGGACCGCUAGCUGCUUCUCGGCGUCCUGUAGCCGGAGCUCCUCCGUUUGAGCUCCACGCACAAAACACCUUAUACCUUUUAAUUUCAUGAAGAUCUCUGGCCUCGGUGAUGUAAUGAAUAAAUUUGAAGUCCUUGGGAUUGUGGGUGAAGGUGCUUACGGUGUUGUUCUGAAGUGUCGACACAAGGAUACCAAUGAAAUUGUGGCUAUUAAGAAGUUCAAGGACAGUGAAGAAAAUGAGGAGGUCAAAGAAACAACCCUGCGGGAGCUCAAAAUGCUCCGCACCCUCAAGCAGGAGAACAUAGUGGAACUGAAGGAGGCCUUCCGCAGAAGAGGCAAGCUUUACCUCGUCUUUGAGUAUGUGGAGAAGAAUAUGCUGGAGCUGCUUGAGGAGUUACCCACCGGUGUGCCGACGGAGAAAGUGCGCAGCUACAUCUUCCAGUUGAUUAAAGCUAUUCACUGGUGCCACAAGCACGACAUCGUUCACAGAGACAUAAAGCCAGAAAAUCUUCUCAUCAGUUCCGAUGAUGUCCUGAAACUCUGCGACUUUGGUUUUGCUCGUAAUCUCUCCGAGGGAACUGACGCCAACUACACCGAGUAUGUGGCCACGAGGUGGUACCGCUCUCCGGAGCUGCUGCUCGGGGCCCCCUAUGGGAAGGCGGUGGACAUGUGGUCAGUGGGCUGCAUCUUAGGAGAGCUGAGUGAUGGACAGCCUCUGUUCCCAGGAGAGAGUGAGCUGGACCAGCUCUUCACCAUCCAGAAAGUGCUGGGACCCCUGCCCCCAGAGCAGAUGAAGCUCUUCUACAACAACCCCCGCUUCCACGGGCUGAGGUUCCCUGCUGUGAACCAUCCUCAAACCUUGGAGCGGAGGUACCUGGGAAUCAUCGGUGGAGGCCUGCUCGAUCUGCUGAAGAACCUGCUGCUGCUCAACCCCACCGAGCGCUUCCUCACAGAGCAGUGCCUGAACCACCACACCUUCCAGACCCUGCGGCUGGUGGAGCGGGCCGGCCCGCCCACCCCCACACCCGCCCGCUCCUCCAAGAGAAAGCCUCACCACGGAGACAACAACACCCCCAGCAGGAGUCACGGAGGGAAAAGCUCAGGAGGCCACCGCUCCAGCAGCCGCGAGUGCUCCAGCCUACCCCGACACGACGACGUCCACUCCAGCAAUGACGCCUUCCUCAACGGCAACAUGUCUGCAGUCAUGAACCUCAGCCCCACCCUGCACCCCAAGAACUACCAGCCUCAGAUCUUCAACCACUCCACGGCGUGCAGCAUGGACCUGGCCAGCAGCAACCUGCCGCAUCUGCACAGCUCCAGCGAGGCCAAGAGCAAAGGCGACUUUGAGAUGAACCUGGGGUCCAAGGUGUCGGACGGCCCUGGAGCCAAGUACCUGAAAUCCAACUUCCGCUCGCAGCAGAACAGACACUCGUUUGUCGAAGGGAAGACCAGCACGCUUCAGUCGGGGGAGAAGCACAGCCGACACAACUACAUAGAGUCCCACAGCUCCAUGCCCUCCUCCUCCAAGUUUGCCUACCUGAACCUGUCAAAGAGUUACGGCACGCUGAGUGAUGCCAAGUCGGUGGGGAACUUAAACGACGUGCAUCUGUACGCAGACGAGCCAACUUCACGGUAUUUUCCCUCCAGCUGUCUGGACCUCACCGCUCCAAGUAGCCCAGCGUCCCGAAGGGUGGACAGACUGGGACCCGGCACAGGGGGUCGAGGCAGCAUGCGCUCCGACAGGGAGAGCAACACGCUGGACUCCUCCUACAGGCGCUCCUCCACCCGCCACAAGAGCUCAGAGGAGGCAAAGUCGCCGGACAGCCUGGAUGCAGGGGAAAGUAGCAUGGAGAGGAGCCACGGCCACUCUCUGUCCGCCCCACACGACCCCCUGUCGUACGGCCAGGGGUACACCAGCCCUUUCUCCUCCCAGCAGCGGCCGCACCGCCACUCCAUGUAUGUACGGAGGGAUCACCAGAGGACGCACGGGGGGGACGACGGGCUGUCGGUGGGGCAGGGCCUGCCCACCAGAGCCAGCAGCCUGCAGCUCCUGUCUCCACAGCUGCAGCACCGCACGCUGCCGCGCCACUCCGGCAGCUCGUCCAGAGAAGACGACAUGAGCAGGAGUGAGCAGGCUUCCACUGAGGUCACCCACAGCAGACCCCCAAUAAGGGACUCCACAAGGGACAACACUGCAUCUUUUCACACACAGCGGCAAAAAAGCGAGGUUGGCUUAUAUCAUGACCAGCAGGCUGAAGAUGGGGGCUCCUCCAAAGAGAACCGCAACAUCUACAGCGAAUCCAUGCCGAGGCGGGUGGGCAGCUUCUACAGAGUCCCUUCUCCCCGGCCAGACAACUCCUUCCACGAGAGCAGGGCUCAGGGCCGUGCCUCUGCUCUGUCCGGGGACGGCAGCAGUCUGACCAAUCACUCCAAACGUCAGCCUGCAUUCGACCCCUGGACCGGUCCGGAUACCGUCGUCCUGAACGCCUCUGAACCUUCCAAAGAAAAGGGGAAGCAGGGUUUCUUCAGAGCAAUAAAGAAGAAAAAGAAAAAACCUCAAAUGGCUGCCAAUGACGGCAUGGAUGCAUCCAUCCAGAAGUCCUCCAGGUCCUCGGGACAUCAAAGCAGCCGCCACAGAUCCCGGGACAAGAGCAGGGACCGGAACCAAGACAGGGACAAGGACUGGCCGCCUGAGAAGCCGUCCGAUUCCCACUCUCCGAGUCAGCCGCUGAAGUCACUGCGGAAGCUCCUGCACCUCUCCUCCUCAUCCUCCAAUCAGACUGCAUCCUCUGACAUGCGCUACCAGCCGCUCUCUAACUCCGCUCAAGGCGGUUUCGCCGAAAACCGGGGUCACUCAGGGGUCAGCACCCCCCAGCUCAAGAGCCGGCAGGCAGGCUACCCUCUGCCGGGACAGCUGGAGUCCGGCUGGCACUCGUCCGCGCUGGGCCGCCCCGAGGGCAACCCGUACCCCGAGCAAAUGGGCAUCAAAGGAGGCCAGAACGGGCACGGCUUUGGACGCCCCUCCAGAUCCCGCAUGCCCAAUCUCAACGACCUGAAGGAGACUGCUCUGUAAUCUGGACCCCCACCUCAGCAUCCUGCUUUCCCUCAGUGGCCCCACUCCUCUGUGAACCUGUGCCCCCGCUGAACACACACUCACACCAAUCCCUGACCUUCUGUUGUAAACUCGGCUCGCAAAGAGGCCCAAAGCCUUUUCUGUCCGAUUUUUUUAAAAGCUUCCAUGUUUGAUAGAGUUUCUAUGAUGUAAUUCUGAUUUUAUUUGUAUUAUAAAGUAAAUAUACGACAGAUUCAGUACAUAUAUAUAUGGAUAGAUAAAAUGUAGAUUUUAAGUGUAAGUAUUUUUUGUUUUUAUUAAAUAUAGAACUAUAGUACAUUUUACUGUGUAGUACUCUAAGGCAUUUUAAACAAAUAAAGUUCCAUCAGUUGUUGCAAUAGCGACUGGUAAUGUCAGUAACGUGUGUCCUUCACACCCUCGAUGGUAACUGUCUGAGCUGUCUCGCUUUUGGGUGUCAUUCUGCUACCAACAGUCCAAUGUGCCACACAGUCACCAGAGCAGCCAUGUUGACUAUUAAACAGGUAAGGUUUGCCCUUCCGUCUGUUUAGGUUAGUGUGUCUUUGAUGAAAUUCAGCCAUUUUAGAGUUUGCGGUGCCAUAAAUGAGCAGAUAUUCUGACCUACAGUGCCGUCUGUGGGACACAGUCGAGAACUGCACUUAUCUGUUCCUGUCGCUCGCCCAACCUUCCCAGAAACCAUCCGCUAUAGAAAACUUCUACUAUACAAUAGAAAAAAAGGAUUUGUUUUGAAGUGCUUCUUAUAUUAUCCCAAUGUAUGCACCUUAUUAAGAAGAAUCCAAUAAUGCAGAUGUGGUGAGCAGCUUCUCCCCUCACUAACGGUCACUCGAUUUCACACAAGCUGCUUCCAAGUGGUUCUCCUUACCUCAGUCGCUGAAAUGCACAAACGCUGCAUAAAUGUUUGAUGCUGUACUAGAAUUCGAUGCACAGAACAUGAACGCUUCUCUCAGUCCAGCUUAGAAUGUAAUGUUUUUUAUUAGAGCCAGAGGAACGUAAAGCCAUUCUGGGUGUUCUGAUAUAAUGACUCCCAGCUCCUCACCUUGCCCCCUUUAUUGGACGCUCCUCUUCAGCCACUUUCUCCUUAGUUCUUAUGAGUUUUAAAGCCAUAUAUAAAAGUGACUAUUGUAGUAGUUGUGAUUCUUUGUUAUUGAUUUCCAAACUUUUAGACUACUUAUUGUAGUUUUUGAAAUCACUCAUUGUAGUUUGCUAAAUGCCACUUUGUUCAAUGUCCUGCUGUCCUUGUAUGCUCCUUAAAGGGUAACCAAACAGAGAGGUUGGUGAGUGAAUCCACCCACAGCCGAAACUUGAAAAUCCAGUCAGAGCUGGACUGUUAUCAUUACUGGAGAUGUAGAUCAUGAUGUGUCACGUGGGGUUUAACCAAUCAUGAAGUUUAAAUGUGAAACCUCGUUUCAACCUGUAGGGGGCAGCACACAGAUGGUUUUUGACUAUGUUUUCAAGAGUUAAACAAGUUUAUUUUAAUUUGUCAACAAUUUGGCAACAAAUUGCACUUUUAAAGCCCCAUUUAUAGAGAUAAACAGCCAAAAAAAGUUGAUUUAUUGUUAGGUUACCCUUUAAGUUGCAAAUUAAACGUGUGUUAAGGUCUGUGUGCAAAAUGCUAAUUACUGUUAGCUUGCUAACUACUAAUUACUGUAAACUUGUACCAUUCAACCAAAACUUUUCAUGCUUUGUUUACAAUUUUUGUGCUCAUUUAGUUGUUAAACAUUCUUGAUUUCAUCCCUUCUGACUUUAAAUGUUGUGAUUUAGUCUAAUUUUUUGUUCUUUUAAAUAAUUUAUCAGUUAAUCUGCUAACAUUUCCACCAACUUAUGUUUAGCAUUUCAGCUAAUGUUUUAGCAAGCUGUUAGCUGUCUUUCUUAAGUAGUCUCUUGCCUAAUAUUUCCAUGUGGUAUUACUAUAAUGUUAUUUUCCCUUAGUUUUUACGCAUUUCAUUUAAUAAUGUCUCAGCCUUUUACUUCUUUUAUUGAUUGUAUUUUCAUUUUUGAAGCAGGUGUGUCUUUGUGACGUUUAGCCGGUCAGCUUGUCGGGCCUCACUUCACAUCUCUGUGUUUGAACUCAUAAUGAACCACUUGGGGAGAGCUUAGCAAAAAGUCUCAGAGUGGAAAAAGCAAAUCUCUCUUCUGUUGAUAAUAAAGUGCCAUCAGAGCAGCUUGGCAAAAAAAAAGACCUUUUUUGUGCACUUUGAAGAGACUUAAGUCUCGGCAAUAUUUCCCUGAUUGUAAGUUCUUUUCUUCUUUUUGGUUGUGAAACUGAAACACACUGAAGCCAGACGUGACCGAGUGUGUUUUUGUCCAUCGAUGAGCAUACUCUGUUCUCGCCACAGUUUGUUUCUCCGUUUGGAUUCCGGUUGCUGGAGGAGCGCCGUGUAUUACAUUAAUACUGAUGUGUGACUACUUGUUUGGUAAUAUUUAUAACAAAUGUUAAAUUGAAACCAAGUAUUAGGUAUGUGCUUUUGUUACAGACACAAAUGAGUAGCAUAGUCCGUAUUUAUCAGCUUUUCUCCCGGCAGAGCAUUUUCAUGACAAUUUGAAGCCCAUAAAUCAAUGAAUGCUUUACAGUUUAGACUAUCCUUGUUUAUUUGUGAAAGUAAAUCUCCAAUAAAACAGCUCAUUUGAUUUAAA